UCAUCUCAUGUAUAGACCAAAUCACUGGCUGCAUACAGCCCUCUCCAACCAUCGAGUCUGUGCCAUUGUAUGGCGAAUGGAGUUGCUCUCUGAUGGCCUUCUUCCAAGGUGCUAGGAUAUCAUCUCGGUUAUCAAAGCAGUUUGUCAAGAGUUUAUCAGGAACAUUCCUUCCCGCGACGUCUUCUUUGAGGUCAGAUUUCUACCGAGCAGUUUGUCUUGGCCUGGCCCGAGUCCUUCCUCAUAGUAGCACUCCUGAAUGGCUGACCAUUCUGAACACCCUUGAUCUGCUGAGGUCGGAGGGAUUGCUUCAUGUUUCCUACACCUCCCACUUCAUGACCAGCUUACCUGCAUGUGAUAUCACAGUGUGUCAGCGCCCUCUGCAGUUGAGUCAGGUCUUCACUACGGUGAUCCAGCUGUUGGGUGAAGCGGGCUUUUCUGAUAGGCUGAAAGAUGACCAAUGGCAACAUAUCACCAAGAGCUAUGCACAGCUUAUGAAGAAAAUCCUAUCCAAUGCCACAGAGAGCAUAUCAUCAAGUCCAUCAAGCUCCGCCCAUGCUGCUCCUCAAGUCUUCCUGAUUGGCCAGCUCUUCUGUCAAUCAUGCGAGGUCUCCAGGCGUGUCCCUGGGUUGGCCACGGAGCAGCUCUUCGUCUGGUGUCUGGAGCUUGUCACGAGGGUGGAGGAACUCCUUGGUUGGCAUAGUGAUAAUAAUGUUGAUGUCGUCCGUGAUGUGGCACACCAAGAGAUGAAGACGCUGAGUAGAGCUAUUGAAUGGCUUCCAAGCAGUGGACAGAGGUCGACACUUCUACAGAAAGUCAGUGCAAUUUCAUCCAGGUGUUAAAUGCUAUUAAACGAUGUUGGAGGUACUCCUUAGUUACCAUAGUGAUGAUGAUGAUGAUGGUGUUGAAGUCAUCCCUGAUGUGGCACUCCAAGAAACUAAGACGCUGAGUAGAGCCAUUGAAUGGCUUCCGAGUAGCGGACAGAGGUCGACACUUCUACAGAAAGUUGGUGCAAUGUCAUCCAAGUGUUAAAUGCUAUUAAAUGAUGUUGGAGGAACUCCUUGGUUGCCAUAGUGACGAUGAUGGUGCUGUUGUCGUUCGUGAUGUGGCACACCAAGAGAUGAAGAUGUUGAGCAGAGCCAUCGAAUGGCUGCCGAGCAGUGGACAGAGGUCGACACUUCUACAGAAAGUCAGUGCAAUGUCAUCCAGGUGUUAAAUGCUAUUAAAUGAUGUUGGAGGAAUUUCCUUAGUUGCAAUAGUGAUGAUGAUGAUGAUGAUGAUGAUGGUGUUGAUGUCAUCCGUGAUGUGGCACACCAAGAAAUGAAGACACUGGGCAGAGCCAUUGAAUGGCUUCCAAGUAGUGGACAGAGGUCGACACUUCUACAGGAAGUUUGUGCAAUGACAUCCAGAUGUUAACUGCCAUUAAAUGACCUUACCAUGACAAUGAUGAUAUUGGUGUCUUCAUCUGAGAUGCAGCAUACCAAGAAACUAAGACACCGGGCAGAGCUGUUCAAUGGCAUUCAAGGAGUAGACAGACAGACAGAAAUUUAGUGCAUUGUCUUCCAGAUGUUAUGCAGCAAACCUGAAACUAUUUUGUUAUUGUGAGCCGCUGUUUGAAGAAUGAGGUACAUUCAUUUCUUGAACCCACUGCUAAGUAUGAUACAAAAUGGUUAUAUUUAUGUGAAAUUUAGUGUAUUGCAUGGCCUUUAAGCCAAGAGAAAAAGGAGACCAAUUUUAUUUUUUUUGUUUAUGGACAUUUAAAAAAUAAAAAACAGUCAAGACCACA